AUGCAUGCCUCAAAGGGGUUCCCUGAAGUUGCUAAGCUUCGUCUUUUGUUCUCGCAUGAAAUUUGUGGGAUUAUUAACACUCUUUCAUUGUCCCCAAAUACUCAGUAUGCAGCUUACCUCGUGUUUAAGAUAAUUUAUGCCCAUGGAUAUGUGAACGAACCUGUGAGCUUUUUUGAUGGUGUCGAUGGUGGCCAUCGAAGCAUUAAAUCCGUUUGUUUGGAUCCAAACAUGAAACAUAAUCCGUACAACAAAGAAGAAGAAUUGCAUCGUCCUAAUGUGAGAAGCGAUGGGUGGUUGGAGAUUGAGAUGGGAGAAUUUUAG